AUGGCUCGACACUUACUUGAAGAGGGCGGGUGUCCGUGGUGCCCGUCGGAGCUUGAAACCUCGCAACAUGCUAUAUUUUCAUGCGCACGUAUCCGAAGACUGUGGGUGGAUCAUGGGUGUGAGGCCAUGGUGGGUGAUGGGCGAGUGGAGGGUGGGUGUGAAAUGCUGGAACGGUGGAAUGCGUUGGAUAAAAAAAUGGUGCAGAAGGGAUGUUUCUUGGCAUGGAAUAUAUGGGCGGAGCGUAACAGGUUUGUGUUUGAAAACACUUGUCAACCGCUAUCUAUUAUUAGCCAGCGGGUGAGUCGACAGGUCGACGACCACAACGAGUAUACUACUCGGAUUUAUGGUCAGCCAGCGUGCGUGAGGCCGGUGAGCAGCAGCCAUUGGUGUGCGCCUCCGGAGGGAGUUAUCAAGCUCAAUACCGAUGCUCACAUUGAAGGAAAUGGGUGGGUUAGCGUGGCAACGGUGGCUCGAAAUACGUGUGGGCAGGUGUUAUUUGCGGCAGUGAGACGACAACGAGCCUACUGGCCUCCCGAUAUUGCGGAGUGCAAGGCUAUUUUAUUUGCGGUUCGAAUGGCAAAAGCUCGUGGACUACAAAAUGUGAUGGUGGAAUCGGAUGCUCUUGUGGUUAUUUCAAGGCUUUCCAAGGCCGCGUUGUUUUAUUCUGAUUUAGAUGCUAUUAUGGGAGAUGUAUUCUCUUUGAGUGUGUACUUUAAUGCUAUUAGUUUUAAUCAUGUCAAAAGGGAUGGGAAUGCUGUUGCUCAUCACCUUGCUAGAGUUGUGCCGUUUGGUUUGGAGCAGUGUUGGGAGAACCAUUGUCCUAGGAAUGUGGCUCCUUAUGUACUGAUGGACACUUUGUCCCUUGAUUAA